GAAGGCGACCACAAGCUUGGUGGUCGUCGCUUCCGACUAAAUUCGUCUAUCUACUACCAAAUGAAUCGAAAUGAAGAGUUUGACAACUUCACCAACAUCGGCGGCGGUGCCUUUUCAAGAGUAUACAGAGCCAUGCAUCGCCUAGAUGGAAAGUCGUACGCUUUAAAAGUUAUUCGUGAUAUUUCGUCACCGAAGUCACUGAAACAUGCGAAGAUUGAGGUUGACGUGUUGGCCCAGCUUGACCAUCCCAACAUUGUUCGUUAUUUCGGCUGUUGGGUAGAAAGAACUUGCGCCACCAGAGUCGCAGUGCGUUACCCUGUCGGCUGCUUGCCCUUAAGCUGCUCUAACCCUAGCGAAGCGACCCAUUCAAACGAGUCCACCUCUGCUGCUGCGUGCUCUUGGGCGUCUAAUGUCAGCACCGGUGACGGCAACUGUCGUCUGCUCCAUCUAGUUGACGAAGAUGACAGCGGAGAAGACCUACAUGACGCGACUGAGCCAAGCGAAGGAGGCGACAGUUGCGCCCUUGCUCUUCCAGAAAGCCGAAUAGUCCAUUUUUCGGUCAAUGAGCUGAACGCCUGUCCUGUGACGUUGGUUAUCCAGAUGGAAUUGUGCGGAUCUACACUUUCCGAUUGGGUGCAAAUUAGAAACAACUCCCUCUGUUCCCCAACAGCUUCAGAUUGUCCAAAACACCAAUCGUUCGAUCACUCCUAUCGCGCUCAGGUUAGAUGGAUCUUCGAUCAGAUAGCGAAAGGCCUUCACUAUAUGCACCAAAAGGGUGUUCUUCAUCGAGACAUUAAGCCAGCCAACGUUUUCAUUCAAGGCCCACACCCGGCGAUCAUUAUUGGCAGUACGUGUCAGGCUGCUGGCGAGUUGGUUUGCACAAGUGUCGAGUGCUUCCAUCGAUGCCACGUCAAGAUAGGUGAUUUCGGACUGUCAACUUUUCUGGAGCGUCCCCCCGAUAACCGAGUAGAAGCAACCAUUAAAAAUAAAGGGUCCAUAUCGGCCCAAACCGUCCUCACAGAACCAACUCGGCCCGUUAUUGAAGAACUGACGUUAAAGGACGAGCCCGGUCCUUCAACGGCUCUUCAAACAACGUCUUCAUUCGAGCCCCGUCUUCUCACGGGUAAUUUGGGCACGCUGUUCUACACUGCGCCUGAGGUGCUGAAAAGCAAUUCCAAAGGGCGUUCACUUUACAAUCACAAGGCGGACGUGUAUAGCUUAGGAGUUGUUCUCUUUCAAAUGCUUUAUCCCUGCAAAACGGAGGCAGAGAUGGCCUACCAAAUCGACCACUUUCACGUGAAUCCAGAAACAGAUGAUGCACUCCCAAAAUCUCUGGUUGACUGCUGGCCCCUUGAAGCGAGUCUACUCCGGAGAAUGCUAAGGCCCAGGCCAUCCGAUCGUCCAGAAGCAAUAGAGAUCCUAUCGGAAUUGGCGCCAUCGUCUCAGAUCAUUGACGGCAUUGGUCUAAAGAACUGCCAAGACACAAAGGAUGAACCCACUCUAAUAAAUAAACUGAAAAAACAGAAUAUGCAGCUGGAGCAGGAGAAUGCAGAUCUCAAGCGCAAACUUGGACUCCCUAAAGGUUACAGACAAUAG